AUGAAUGAGAGGCGCGGCGCCCGCCCCUCCCCCGCCGGGCCCGCCCCUCGCUGGGGCCGCGUCUAAGCAGUCGCUAUCGCCAGCUCAGCGGCUCGGACUCACGGACGCGGCUCGCUAGCAGUUCGCCGCUCGAAAGCUGACUCCGGGCGCCGCCGCCCGCACGCCCGCUGCCCGCCACCCGGUUCAUCCAUGAGCUCAGAUUUCCCACAUUAUAACUUCAGGAUGCCUAAUAUUGGAUUCCAGAAUCUGCCUCUCAACAUAUAUAUUGUGGUUUUUGGCACUGCUGUGUUUGUCUUCAUCCUUAGUUUACUCUUCUGCUGCUACUUGAUUAGGCUGAGACAUCAAGCACACAAAGAAUUUUAUGCCUACAAACAGGUUAUAUUAAAAGAAAAAGUAAAAGAACUUAAUUUACAUGAGCUCUGUGCUGUGUGUCUAGAAGACUUCAAGCCUCGAGAUGAACUGGGGAUUUGCCCAUGUAAGCAUGCCUUCCACAGAAAGUGCCUUGUUAAGUGGCUGGAAGUCCGAAAAGUGUGUCCCCUGUGCAACAUGCCGGUGCUGCAGCUGGCCCAGUUGCACAGUAAACAGGACCGCGGUCCCCCUCAGGAGCCCCUCCCUGGGGCAGAGAAUAUUGUAUAGCUUGCUGCAAGGAUCAGACUGUUGCUGCACACAUCAGUAUGGAGCCAGGAGGAACACAAGCAGACUCCGCUUUGGCUGCUCUCUGCCUGGGGCACCCACUGUCACUUCCUUUGCCUCAUGAAGAACUCUUGAGCCAGGCAAGCUGAGACCCUAGGCAUCUGGAUCUUGUGACAACCAAAGCACCCUGAUAUCACCCUAUGCCAAAAGGAGUGGAUGAGCCUGCGGGUGUGGUUUCAGAAGUUUCCUGAGCAUCUCCUGUGUCUCCCAGGCACCUCCACAUCAAGCAAAAGGGGAGAUAAGCACAGGUGUUAGAGACCAGAACUGUGAAUGGGGCUUUGAUGCCACCACCACCUGUGGACCUGUAUGCUGCUGUGCAGACUUGACAGCCUGUUGUUGCCACACGUCCUCUUGGCAUCCCGAGUCAAGUGGACCCAGCUGUUCAUCAGCUGAAGCACAACUGGCUGCCAGUAUUUGGUGAGGCAGCCCCUGUAAGGCUUUUCGGGUUCUUUUCUUUUAAUAGGGCCAUCUUGGAACCUGAAGACUUUGGAAACAACAGCAGCAGAACCCCUGUCACACGUGCCAGUUCACACUUGCUGUCAAAUCUUCCAAGUUUGAAGCCAUUGGAAGUACUUGGAAAGGCCUGGUUAGGAGCCAUCCCUCUUCUGUUUGCCCUCCUCGUCAUCAGGAAGACCCAGCAGGAGCUCAACCCUGGGUCUCUGCUGUCCCUGUGUGACCCAGGGGCCAGGGUGCUGCUCCAGUGUACCACAAGUGUGUGUGAUUCCAUUAUAGCUGCUGGCCUCAGCCCACUGGCUAAGGAGUCUCCCUGGGCCCCUCAGAUGGCUCCAAAGAAGAGCUUCUUUCUUAGCAAAGCCAGUCCACACCCACCAGGAUGGCCAGGACAGACGCUUCGGCUUCUCUCUGCCUCUCCUCUGCUCUUUUUCUACAUAAGAAAAAUGUCUUACUGCAGUUUUAAACAUUUAUCCCAAAUAAGCUCCCUGUAAUUCCGAAGCCAGUGAGCCACUUGGAGUUGUAAAUAGUUUGAGGAAGCUCCUGCAUGGCUGGCCUUCUGUUGGUGUGUACCUCAGUUCUGUGGACUUGAGAUCCCUAACUGAAGGUGUUUUUAUAGGGAAAAUGCAUGCUGCUCUUUGGCUCUUUCUGUCCAACUUUUCUAGAGAUAACUGCCUCCAAUAGGCUUUGUGAACAGUGUAAAUUCGCCGUGUGAAGCACAGACUAUUCUUACACAGCUUGUUCUCCCUUCCCUUGUCACAACAGUGCCACUGCAAUGCCUCGUCAACUGCUCUGCUCUGCUCCAUCCCACAGGUGUGAGGAAAUUUAUUCAGGAAGUACACGCUGGCGUGGAGAUAUAGGCAGUGCUGCUCUGUUCUCGGAUUUUAUCUAGUCGUAGAAUGAGAGGGGACCUGCUUUGCCUCCAGUAGCUGGGAUCAGUUGAGGAAAAAAAAAUCCUAUUUGUCUAAAAAGUGCUAUGGAAACCAGGUUGUGGUGGUAUGCAUCUCUAUCGCCCCAGCUCAGGCAGGCAGGGUCACAAGUUUGAGACCAGACUUGGUUUCAUAGUGAGAUCCUUUUGCAAAAGGGGGCAGCAGGGGUGGGAAUAGGGGCUCUUGGCAGAAUCUAUUUGUAAAAUUACAACUCCACUUGGAAAGAAUAAGCUGUUUCCCAGUGUGCUGUUUGUGGCAGGCCACAAACGGACUCCUAUGCAGGCAAGGGAGUGGGCAGCUUUUCUGAGAGCCUUAGCCUGAUAGACCCCAAUAAUUCAUACCUAUGUCCCUCUGUCUGUAGUACCAGAGUCAAAUGCCCACACUCAGUUUACAGUGAAAUGUUUUCAAGUGACCAAUGCCAGAAGUGGGCUUCUCCUGGCUUAAUUUUGUUAUAGGUUAGCAUCUAGCAUUUCAUAUUGCAUAACUGGAUACUAAAGAUUUCCAUAUGGUCAAUACUACAAACUAUUGCCACUCACAGCUGUCAUAGAAUCUUGGCCUUUAGCUUCAGCUUUACCUGUCCUUGGACUCAGCUACUCAAAAGCCAGCAUUACCAAAGCCCCAUUUUAGAGGCAAAAUUGCUCAUAAGACUUUCGGAUAAGUUGAGGUGGUUGGUGUGCAGCCUGAAUAGGCCACUGGGGGAAUCCUGGGUGAUUUGCUCUGAUCGAUCUGAAUGAGGUCCCCUAACCUUUUUUGCCCAGCCACUGUUAAUGUGAUUUCUUCCUAAAAGGCACUCCUUAGGCUGGAAGCUGCAACUGCAAAGUGCUUCUCAUCUUGGCCACUGCUCACACUUCUGCUACCUGCCAGCCACAGCAGCCCAAUCUUUGCUUCUCAUGUCUGGGUCCCCCACCAGGGCUUCUAUGUAUCUGCAGCAAUGGCGGAGCCAUACUCGCUCAGGCCCAAACUUACAAUGAGACCACCCUGUCCACAGCAUAGAUUCCUAAGUUUCUGUCAGCCUUUUUGUGUGGAUGUGUGAGGGUUUGGGUAUACUCUUAGACCACUGGACUUAUUGUCUUACGCAGCUAGAGGAUUGGGUGUCACCUGUAGGUUGUAGCAUUAACAAAACCUGUCUACCCUACCUGGGUCACUGUAACAUACAAGAAAUUGACAUCUGCAGCUUUUCUUUGCCAAGUGUAUGUAAUUUAGUUUGGUCUAUUCCUGAUUAUUAAGGUUCUUUUAACAUGUACUUGCCUUGCCUAACCAGGAAGUAGAACAAAACAGCCAGGUAGGGACAGGUAGCCUCUUGGUGAGAUCUGUACUGAGGAACAGGGCCUCCUACCAUUGCCAAAUGCUGUUCUUGACAAGACUUGACUAAAAGAUCUUUUCCAUGGCUCUGUUCCAAAGCAUGCUAUCUCUAAGUUGGAACAGCCACUCUAAGCUGUGCUGAAUACCUACAGCACUUCCUUUCUGGGAAUUUGAGAUACCUAUAGAAGUCCCUGAGAGCUCUAUGCAUUAGUGUUUGGACUAGUUUGAAUUGACUUCUUGUGCUUUUCUGCAAGUUAACUUCUCAGACCCUCCUUUCCUUAAGGAACCGUAGCAAGGUUCCUAGAUGAUCUGCCAGUCCAGUCUGGUAGGCAUGGGCAUGGGGGAGCAGGAGCUGCUGAUAGCACAUACCUUGCUGGUCACAAACUCAGGAACUUCUGAACUAUGAGCCCUGGCUCCACCACAAUCUCUUUGAGACAGGUUCUAUGUACUCCUGGUUAUCCUGAAACUGUAUAGACCAGGCUAGCCUCAAAUCAGAAAUCCAGCAACUUCUGCCUCUGCAGCAAUUAAAGGCAGAGCACCAUGCCUAGCCUCCACAUUGAAUCUUGACUUACUCAGUCUUCCUUGAGUCUUUGAAUAGGUAAUCCUUCACAAAAUUCAUAUAAUAGUUGUCUUCCUUGCAAAACUAUCCCAUGAGCACUGGAUUCAUUUUUCUUUAGUCUCCUUUUAUGGGAAUGUGUUGGAGGGGGGAAGAGUAUCUGUAUGGCAGGUAAGUCUGAAGUAGAGGUUGUCUUUGCAUGUACAUUCCUUUUUCUAUGGCUUCCUUCACAGAUACAUCCUGUCCCCCAUAGAACAGCACAGCUGCUUUCCCUACCCUCUCCAGGAUAACCCUAAGCAGUCUCUCUAGGUGCCUGGGCCAGCUGCCACCUUCCUCCUUCUCCGUUGGUGCCAGUGUUUUUGAGGCAGGAAAGCAGGUAUUAAAGUAGAGGCCUCCUAAGUCCCCAGGGCUAACAGGCAUUAGUGUCUGCAAAUGAGACAGAAGCAAAUACUCCCUACAGAAUUCUCCCACCUAACUUUCAUUUUGCCCUCUCUCCUUGUAAGGUAAAAAUUAAAGCUGUCUCCUACAGGCAGCCAGUGAGGAGAAAGCAGACCUGUGCCUUACUCUCCAGGCACACUACCCAAAGUCUUCCCCACUCACCUGCUUCCCUGCAACCCAAGCAGCAGCCAGUGGGUAAAGUGUGCCCAUGCUCACCCAAGAUGAAUCUUGACAAGUGAAGACCCACCCCUUUGGCACUUGAUGAAAUCUCUAGCCUGGUUCAUCUUCCCCUGCAGCUGUUAAGAGCCUCCUGAGGGCUGGGGAGAGAUGGUUCAGUGGCUAAGAGCACUGGCUGCUCUUCUGAUGGUCCAGGUUCAGUUCAUAGAACCCAGCUCACAGCUUUCAUCUGUAACUUCAGUUUCAGAUCUGGCCAGGUUCAAACAUGUACAUGCAAGCAAACAUACACAUAAAAAUAUAUUUUUAUUUUUUUAAAAAUUGCUUAAAAUGGGACCAUCAAAGUAUUUAACUUAAUGUUAGAGGUAGGGACCUAAAAUGCCAGGUAAAGGUUUUAAAAAUAAGAUUAACAGGACUGAGUUCACUAAGUGAGUUGAAUGAAUUACCUGUCACUGUUUUCAGAUUCAGCUUUAGAACCCAAAUUAUUUCAAGAUGCUUUUAUUCCAGUUAGAUCAGCAUGUAUCUAAAUUCUUAGUUCCUUUGUUCACAGGAUCAGGGAAAGCUACCCCUGCUGUUUCAAAGACACCCUGUAGCUCAGAUCAUGACCUCACUAGUGUUAAGGGACUUGUGUGGCUGAAACCUCAGCGCCAUCCAUGCCUCUCCUUCCAGACUGUGGUGAAGCAGGCCAUCUUCCUGUGACAGCUUGGAGCCAUUGCCUCUAGGUCUGCUGACAAGUUGCGUCUAGGAAUGUGGAGGAGUGGCCCUUUGUCUUGCAGUUUAGCCCUAUGGGGCUUAUUUACUAGAUAGAACUCCCUCAAAAAAGGUUUAUGAAAUGCUGAGCCUCAGGUUUCAUAGACGUGUUUGUACACUAAGAAUUCUGCAGCAGAAUAUUUUUAAAUAUUGGUUUUUGUAAGCUAUAUUUUUGUAUAUUUAAUUGCUAUUUUAAAAGUUUAAUGCAUUUUUUGCUAAUCACUUGUUUAAAAAUAAAACACAUGCAUGUAAUGGACCCAAACACGUGUAAAUAAAGAGCAGAUUUUGAAA